UCAUCAGCAGCAAUUGCAAUCCAUGGUUCCUUAAAAAUAAGUGUCCCCUAAACAUGAUAUCACCACAAAGAAAAAAUGGAAAGGGAAGACACAAACCAUAGUGUUUCCACACCAAAACAACAAAAAAUAACAUCACCAUAUCAAUGGCUUCAAUUCCCUCAACAUAAAAAAAAUCUGUUUCCUUGGAAUCCCCACAAAGUGUUUGAGUUUUGUCCUAAGAGAGAAAAGUAAAGAAAAUAGUACAAAAGAAGGAUCCUUAUUAAUGUCACAGAAGGAAGCAGAUUCAUGGGGCUUCCUGUUAGUCUGUUUUUUGGUCCUUUUCUUCCCAGGUAAAUUGGUUGCUGGGGGUUCAAUGGAUACAGACAAGCAAAUUAUGCUGAAGCUGAAAUCUUACAUAGAGAAUCAAACUGUAGGUGAGACAGGAAGGUUUAUGAACUGGAACAACUCAAAUCAUUGUGAUUGGUCAGGAAUCUCUUGCAGCCUCAUCAAUGGUUCAGAUUCAUGGAGGGUUGUGAGCAUAGACCUCUCUUCAAGUUCCAUAUCUGGUGAGAUAUUCAGCAACUUCUCUAUGCUCACUGAGCUCACACACCUUGAUCUCUCUGGGAAUUCAUUCAUUGGUAUGAUUCCUGAGGACUUGAGGAAGUGCCAGAACCUUGUGUACCUCAACCUCUCCCACAAUAUUCUUGAGGGGGAGCUGAAUUUGACAGGCUUGACGAGGUUGCAGAUGCUGGACUUGUCUACAAACAGGAUUCGUGGGGAAAUUCGAUCGAAUUUCCCUGCCAUUUGUGAGAGUUUGGUAACACUGAAUGUCUCAGAGAAUCACUUCACUGGUGGGAUUGAUGGAUGCUUUGACAAAUGCCUCAGGUUGCAGUACUUGGAUUUGAGCACCAACAAUCUUACUGGAAGCAUAUGGACAGGGUUCGCAAGGCUCAGACAGUUUUCGGUGUCAGAAAACUAUCUCACUGGGAUUGUUCCUUCUCGUGCUUUUCCUGAAAAUUGCAGCCUUGAAAAAUUGGAUCUUUCAGAGAAUGGUUUUGUUGGUGAGGCCCCUAAGGAGAUUGCUAACUGCAAAGAAUUGGUGACUCUUGAUCUUUCCAGCAACUAUUUUAAUGGGACGGUUCCUAAAGAAUUCGGAUCGAUCUCAGGACUAGAAUCAUUGCUCUUGGGGAACAACACUUUUUCAAGAGAUAUUCCAGAUUCCCUUUUGAACUUGUCCAAGUUGUUCAUCUUGGAUGUGAGCAACAACGGAUUUGGUGGUGAUGUACAAGUGAUUUUUGGGGAACUCAAGCAAGUUAAGUUUCUUCUCCUUCAAUCAAAUUCCUACACUGGAGGACUGCUCACAUCAGGAAUUUUCUCAUUGACAAAUCUUUGCCGAUUAGAUCUAAGCUUCAACAACUUUUCAGGUCCAUUACCUCCUGAAAUCUCUCAAUUGUCAGGUCUCACUUUCUUAACCUUAACCUACAACAAGUUCAGUGGACCAAUUCCAGCUGAACUUGGAAAUUUGACCAACCUUCAAGCACUUGAUCUUGCCUUCAACAAUUUCAAUGGCUCAAUCCCUCCAACCCUUGGGAAAUUGAGUUCAUUGCUAUGGCUAAUGCUUUCGGAUAAUUCGUUAACCGGUGAAAUCCCACCAGAGUUGGGAAAUUGCUCUAGCUUGUUAUGGUUGAAUCUUGCAAACAACAAGCUCUCUGGAAGCUUGCCCUCAGAAUUGGCCAGAAUCGGAAGAAAUGCAAUGGCCACAUUUGAAUUGAACAGAAGAAAUACUAUUGGCAAAAUCAUUUCUGGAAAUAGUGGAUGCUCAGCAAUGAGGAGAUGGUUACCUGCUGAUUACCCUCCAUACACGUUUGUGUAUACUGUUCUCACAAGGAAGAAUUGUAGAAGCCUUUGGUACAAACUUCUCAAAGGCUAUGGUGUUUUCUCCACAUGGACAUAUGAUUCUUCCUCUAAAUCAUCACAGAUAGGUGGUUAUAUUCAAUUAAGUGGGAACCAGCUCAGUGGUGAAGUACCUGCAGAAAUUGGUAACAUGGUGAACUUCAGCAUGCUGCAAUUGGGGGAUAACAAGUUCUCUGGGAAGUUCCCAUCAGUCAUUUCAAACAUGGCACUUAUAGUCUUGAACAUCUCCAGAAAUAAUUUCUCAGGCGAAAUUCCAGGCGAAAUCAGCAACAUGAAGUCUCUUCAGGAUCUUGAUUUGUCUUGGAACAAUUUCUCAGGGCCAAUUCCUUCAAGUUUGUUCAACUUGGUUGAGCUUAGCACAUUCAACAUCUCAUACAACCCCUUCAUAUCUGGUCAAGUGCCACCGAAUGGAUUUGUGAUUUUUGACAAAAGUUCAUAUUUGGGUGACCCCCUCUUGAGCCUCCCUAGUUACAUUAACAACACCAAUUCUUCACACAAACAUAAACACCUGACCAAGUCCACAAAAUUUUCUCCAUUUUUCAUGUGUCUUUCUCUAUCACUGGCCACGUUGGUCUUUGGACUCAUCUGCCUAAUAGUCUAUUUCUUGCUGAAAACUCCGAAGGUGGAACAAGGAUACCUUAAAAAGGUGGAUAAUGAUUCCACAAGUUCAGGUUCAUCACCAUGGAAUUCGGAUACUGUCAAGAUAUUCCACUUGAACAAGACAGUUUUCACACAUGCUGAUAUCUUGUUGGCAACAGGGAACUUCAAAGAGGAUAGAGUCAUAGGAAAAGGUGGAUUUGGGACAGUGUACAAAGGAGUGUUUCCAGAUGGUAGAGUAGUGGCAGUGAAGAAGCUUCAAAGGGAAGGUAUUGAGGGCGAGAAAGAGUUCAGAGCCGAAAUGGAGGUUCUGAGUGGCCAUGGUUUUGGUUGGCCUCAUCCAAACCUUGUUACACUCUAUGGCUGGUGCCUAUAUGGUUCCCAGAAGAUCCUUGUUUAUGAGUACAUAGGAGGAGGAAGCUUGGAGGAUCUAGUCACCGACAAAGUGAGAUUAACAUCAAAGCGGCGGUUAGAAGUGGCAAUUGAUGUGGCAAGAGCAUUGGUCUAUUUGCACCAUGAAUGCUACCCUUCAAUUGUUCAUAGAGAUGUUAAGGCUAGCAAUGUGUUAAUAGACAAUGAUGGUAAUGCCAAAGUCACAGACUUUGGACUUGCAAGAUUUGUUGAUGCUGAGGAUUCUCAUGUUAGCACAAUGGUGGCUGGAACAGUAGGGUACGUUGCACCGGAAUAUGGACAAACAAUGCAAGCAACAACAAAGGGUGAUGUGUAUAGUUAUGGGGUUUUGACUAUGGAGCUUGCAACUGGGAGAAGAGCAGUGGAUGGUGGUGAAGAGUGCUUGGUUGAAUGGGCUAGGAGAGUUCUGGGGUUGAGCCAUUCUGAGCCAGUUUUGGUCAUGGAGGGUGAAGAGGAGAUGCUUGAGCUGUUACAAGUUGGGGUUAAGUGCACAAAUGAGUCACCACAAGCUAGGCCUAACAUGAAGGAGGUCCUAGCCAUGUUGGUCAAGAUAUACAACAAUAACCCUAGUGGAGAAUCAGGUUAUGGCCACCUUGUUUAGUCCUAGUACAGUUAAAAGCUCUGUGAUUAGCAAGUUUAGUGAUUUUGUUAUAGGAAAACAAUGUGCAUAGUUUAAGUUACCAUACAGUAUACAUAGAAAGAAAAACAAAACAUAAAACAUGUUAUGCACAGUUGAUUCUUGUGUAAAGAAAGAAACUUCAUCAUUCAAGUUGAAGAGGUUGCUCAAUUUUGUUUUGUAACUCUCAGAUUUGUCAUUGCUUGUAACUAUGAUUUAGUUUUAACACUUUCAAUGAAUACUGAGCAUUUUCUGUUCACUGUCUUCAUGAUGACA